AUGACUUCCUUGAAAUUGCGAGACCUUUCAAAUAAUGAGUUCACUUCCAUUGAUGAUGGACUUUCAUCCUUCCUAUUUGGAAACAAUUGUAUUUUAAAAGCACUUGAUUUAGCGUACAACUAUGAUCUUGGUGGAGAUGUGUUUGAAAGUUAUGAAAAUGAAUCUAUGAGCUGCAUUCGGUAUGAUCUGCAAGUGCUCAAAUUAGAGAGAACAUCUCUCGGAACAAGAAUUCCAAAUUGGUUAGGAAAAUUCAAAAACUUGCAAUCUCUUUCCCUGUCUAACAAUACCAUUGAUGGUUCAAUUCCUGCUUCACUUGGUAAUUUAUCGAGCCUUGAAGAUUUAGAUCUUUCAUACAACGCUCUAACCGGAGCAAUUCCAACUACAUUAGGAAGAUUAUUAAAUUUGAGAAAAUUAAGUCUCAGAUGGAAUAGAUUGGAGGAGUUGGGGGAGAAAUGUUUUAUCCAACUCGAAAACUUGGAGGUGCUAAACAUAUCACAUAACUUGCUCAAAGGUGUUCUUGAAGAAUCUCAUUUUGCAAAUCUCACUCGGUUGAAUUCCUUAUUGAUUGGCAACAAUGAGCAUCUUUCAUUAGACAUGAAAUCUAACUGA